AUGCACACCAACAGCGAAGAUGAGGAAGAUGGCAACACUGCUCAGGGUAGCAGUGGGAGUGCCUCUGACUCUGAGAAGAAGAACCGGAACCUGUUGGGAAAGAAGAGAAUAAGGUUUACUCAAUUUACCUUGAAAGAGAAGUAUAAGCAAAAGAAAUGCCGAGCCACCUCCACAAAUGGCGAAGCCUAA